AUGCCAGCACAAGCUAGCAAAUCAAAGAAGAGCCGCGAAGUCGACAAUGAUGUACUGCGCAGUCCUGCUAAGGAUGCCAAGGUCCGUAAGCGUGUAGUAUCAAAGCCGCAGGCAGACCGCCUGGGCAACUGGAACUAUACUCACGAGCUCCCAACUGGAGAGCAGCGAGUCAAGAAUGGCCGACUUCCUGGCCGCACACUCGUGCACUGGUCACGACCCUUCAUGAUGGAGAAGGCCCUCUUGAACCUGCUGUAUGAGUGUGACGUCCAGGGUAUUGAGCUUCCCCUUGACCACGUUGCUCACAGACUCUGGCCUGGUGCUUCAGGUGAGGCGCUGCGACAGCGCUGUGAGAGAGUGAGAACUGAACUCCUUGUAACUGGUCACCUUGUUCCACCAAAGAACCGCAGGGGCCAACAGGUUUCCAACCUCACCCGAGGGGUGGUCCGCGCAAGCCCGGGAGACCCUAACGACCUCAAGACGACACGUGACGUGCCGUUCACUGAACCUUUCGACGAGAAUAUUGUCUAUGACGAUGCGGCAUUCACCUAUGUGCACAAUCGAAGCUCUCGUAAGGAGGGUAAGGCUCCCGGCGUCAACCGCAAGUUUCAACACGGCUUCCUUAAGCGCGUCCACGCGAGUCAGGAUAUCGAUGAACUCGAGGGUGAUGCUCUUAACAACGAGGAUGAGGACGAUGCUGAAGACGCUUACGAAGAGCCAGAGGAUUACGCUCUGCACUCUGGCCCUUAG